GGAGCCAUGUGAUCACAGGAGGGUCAGCUCACCCGGGAACCCCAGGCACACACAGUCCUCACACGCACACAGGUAGGCCACAGGUUAUGGAGGGAGGUGGAAGUGGGCCUGCCCACCAGCCACACACUGGCCUUCUGGGCAGGAUGAGCUCAGCUCAGCUCCACACUGCUCCAGUAAGACCGGAUCAGCAGACUGAGAGGACAGACCCUACGACUUAAGGACUUGGGCGCUCAAUCCAUGUGAACCUGAGUUGGACGGUGACAUUGUAAAUCGUAAUACAAUCAGACAGAGAAAAUGACAGCUACAAACGUACCACGAGACAAGUACAAUGCCGUGUGGCUGAUAUUCUUCAUACUGGGCCUGGGAACCCUUCUGCCCUGGAACUUCUUCAUGACGGCCACAAUGUACUUCACCAGCCGUUUGAAAGACUCCCCAAUGGAAAUUCGGGCUAACCUGACGGGGAAUGACACAGCAGAGGCUGUUAGCUCACGCAGCGUUCUGGAGGCUAAGUUCAACAACGUGAUGACCCUGUGUGCCAUGGUGCCCCUGCUGGUGUUCACCUGCCUGAACUCAGUCGUGCACCAGAGGAUUCCGCAGAGUUUGCGGGUGAUGGGCAGCCUAGGCUGGAUCCUGGGGCUCUUCCUCCUUACUGCCAUCAUUGUGAAGGUAGACAUGUCUCCGAUGGUCUUCUUCAUCAUCACCAUGAUCAAGAUCAUCUUUAUCAACUCGUUUGGGGCGAUACUGCAGGGCAGCCUGUUCGGCAUGGCGGGACUCCUGCCCACCUCCUACACCACGCCCAUCAUGAGCGGCCAGGGUCUGGCUGGGACCUUCGCUGCCUUCGCCAUGAUCUGCACCCUGGCCAGUGGCUCGGAGCUGCAGGACAGUGCCUUUGGCUACUUCAUUACUGCCUGCGUGGUGAUCCUCCUGGCCAUCCUGGCCUACGUCCUGCUGCCCAGAAUGGAGUUUUACAGGUAUUUCCAGAGCAGUGCGCCCCAGCCACCCAGCGAUGAGGAGAACAAGCUCACCCUGCUGGCGAAAGAGAGCACUUCAGAGAGCAAGCCGGUGGCCGAGCCCGUGCUGGAGAGCAGCUUCGCUCUGUCUUUUCUCACCGUCUUCAAAAAGAUCUGGCUGAUGGCAUUGUGUGUUUCCUUUGCCUUCACCAUCACCAUCGGCAUGUUCCCAGCUGUCACCGUGGAUACCAAAUCAUCCGCUAGCCCUGGCAGCUCCUGGGAAAAGUACUUCAUUCCUGUGUCCUGCUUCCUGCUCUUUAACCUGCUGGACUGGGCGGGGCGGAGCCUAACGGCUGUGUGUCUGUGGCCCAGCAUGGACAGCAUGCUCCUGCCGCUGCUGCUGGCUGUGCGCCUGGUCUUCAUCCCGCUCUUCAUGUUAUGCAACGUGCAGCCACGCGGCCACCUUCCCGUCGUCUUCCAGCACGACGCCUGGUUCAUCGUCUUCAUGAUCAUCUUCGCCUUCUCCAACGGCUACCUGGCCAGCCUCUGCAUGUGCUAUGGCCCCAAGAAAGUUCUUCCUCAUGAAGCAGAAACUGCUGGCGCCAUCAUGGCCUUCUUCCUGUCGCUGGGCCUGGCCCAGGGGGCGGGGCUGUCCUUCCUCAUCAGAAGCCUAGUUUAGCCCCUCCCCAAAUAACACCACCCCAUUCAACACAAAGGCAGAAAACCCGCCCCUCCAACUAUAGGGGGAGGGGUCAAACAAGACCUGUACAUUUGAACAAAUGACCUCAUUUCAGAACAUUUAAAUGUUGAAAUCGCAGUUCACGUCCUGCAAAAAGAAAGGUUUUCUUUUGAAUGGAAUGUUUUAUACUAUGCAGUUUGAAAGUGGUUUUGUGUUUGAUUUUGAAAUUGUAUUAUUUUUUUAUGCGUGCCUAGCAUUUAUGGAGCGAACUCUGAACACUGUGUGACCCCUGACCCCUGUCUCUGUCUCAGUGACCUGGUGGGUGGGGUUUCAUGCAAAAUCAGCAUCAGGCCCUGGGCCCAUAGGAGUGUAAAAUAGCUGCAGUGGGUUCUGAUAUACCAUUUAUAGCAUCAUCAAAAAAAAAAAUAAAAAAUGAAUUUCAGAGAGCUGGAAAUGACUGCUCAUGUUUAGAGGGUAUGAAGCACGUGUACACUGGAAACAGUAAUGCGAGGAUAUUGAGUCCAGCAAAUUAAUAUAUUUUAGCUGUAAAACCUGAUGGAGUUGAUCUAACAUUAGCUGUUAUGAAAUCAAACAUGAAAACAUGUUGUGAUAACACAUCGAUAUGUAGCUGCCAGGUACUCAGUGUAAUUAGUGUUUUAGCUGUUGCAUUGUACAUGUAUAUGUACAGUGUUUUUGUACAUUUUAACCCCUUUACCAGACACACUUUAGGCCCCAGGCAUCGGUACUGAUGUGUGUCCAUAUUCUUAUGUUUUAAAAAGCACAUGCAGCCUCAGGUUGGAGGAUUUUUAAAGGAAACUCAGUUGUGUCCCUGUGAAGCAUCAGUUCUGUGUCCUGCCAAUCACACCGGUGGUGUUAGUCACAUUUAAUCAGCCCGCUUCCUCUCUGAACCAUUCAGCAUUACAGCGUGUUCACCAGCACAUUUCAAUCAGCAGCAUAGCAGUAAUUUCACUGCAUUUAAUCCUGUUUACUAUAUGAGAUGAAUUUAGUUGUUUGAGCCGUUGGAACAAAUAUUAUUAAAAGUUCUUAACAUUUGUGUAAAUACAUGCAUGGGUAAGUAUUUGCAAUACUUUAACAUGCAUGUAUAAAUAUACUUGUGUAAAUACAGUUCAUUAACAAGUAGCGUCAUGUGUAAAUAUUUACAGUUCUUUGGCCAGGCUGGCUGCUGUAUGAUUAUUAAAUAUCAUAAAAGCUCAGGUUUGAAUAAGUCAUCCUUUAUGUGUGCCACGUCUCAGUCUGACCUGGGAACUCUCCGGUGGUAUUGUAACUGCCAGAACUACAAGAUGUUAUCUUUUAAAAUUAAAACAUGUUUAUACUGCUG